UCACUCGGGCUGCUGGGGAGUUUUGUGGAAGUUGCGAAGUCCCGGCGCCUGCACUGCGCGGUCGGCGCGGCAGCGGACGGGCGGCCGGAGCCCAGCGCGCACCCAGCACCCCGCCGCCGCCGCCGCCGGGCCCGCCAUGGAGCACCAGCUCCUGUGCUCCGAGGUGGAGGCGGUGCGCCGCGCCUACCCCGACGCCAACCUGCUCAACGGCCGGGUGCUGCGCGCCAUGCUCAAGGCGGAGGAGACCUGCGCGCCCUCCGUGUCCUACUUCAAGUGCGUGCAGAAGGAGAUCCUGCCGUCCAUGCGCAAGAUCGUGGCCACCUGGAUGCUGGAGGUCUGCGAGGAGCAGAAGUGUGAGGAGGAGGUCUUCCCGCUGGCCAUGAACUACCUGGACCGCUUCCUGUCGCUGGAGCCGCUGAAGAAGAGCCGCCUGCAGCUGCUGGGGGCCACCUGCAUGUUCGUGGCCUCCAAGAUGAAAGAGACCAUCCCGCUGACCGCCGAAAAACUGUGCAUUUACACCGACAACUCCAUCCGGCCGGACGAGCUGCUGCAAAUGGAGCUGCUCGUGGUGAACAAGCUCAAGUGGAACCUGGCCGCGAUGACCCCGCACGACUUCAUCGAGCACUUCCUCUCCAAGAUGCCGGAAGCCGAAGAGAACAAGCAGAUCAUCCGCAAACACGCGCAGACCUUCGUCGCCCUGUGCGCCACAGACGUCAAGUUCAUUUCCAACCCGCCGUCCAUGGUGGCGGCCGGCAGCGUGGUGGCCGCCGUGCAAGGCCUGCACCUGGGGAGCCCCAACAGCUUCCUGUCCUGCUACCGGCUGACGCGCUUCCUGUCCAGGGUGAUCAAGUGUGACCCAGACUGCCUGCGUGCCUGCCAGGAGCAGAUCGAGGCCCUGCUGGAAGCCAGCCUGCGCCACGCCCAGCAGAACCUGGACCCCAAGGCCACCGAGGAGGAGGAGGAGGAGGAGGAGGAGGCCGACCUGGCCUGCACGCCCACCGACGUGCGGGAGGUGGACAUCUGAGGGGCCGCGGACCUGGCUCUCCGGGAGGGAAGCGUCCUUCUCCAC